UCUUCAGGGCCUGGCCUAUUCCGGGGCCAGACCGGAAGCACGUGGCCCCCCACCAGCUCGGUUGCCCGGGAGACCCGGGCUGUUUACCAGCGGGACAGAGCCCGCUGCUGCGCGGAUGGAGCGGAGAGGAGAGGGGUCUUGAGAAGCAAUGGCCACAGAAGCCCCUGUGAACAGAGCCCUCCCUGAAGGCAGCACGGUGGUCAGCACUGCAGCCGAGCGCUUCAUCUGGCAGCCAGACUCGCUGAGCAUGCACGUCAUAAGGCCCAAGUCCGCCAAGGGCCGCUCGCGGCCGAGGCUACACCAACCCCAGGACGCGGGGGUGUGCUCUCACCGCACGCCACCUUCCCCGCAGCCAGCCAUUCCCUGCGAGUCGCUGAGCAGCCAGAAGCCAGGAGCCUGUGCCCCCAGGUCCCCGAUCCAGGGCGCUCCCCACGAGGUCCCCGAGCUGCUGCAACAGGUGCCCAUGGGUGCUUCCUCCUCCCUCAAUAAGUACCCGGUCCUUCCCUCCAUCAACAGGAAGACCCUGGGGGAGGCGGGCGUGGAAACCGUUGCUCCGAGGGCCGGCUCCCUGCAACUGAGCAGCCUCCAGGCUCUUUACCAGGAGGAGGCCGGCACCACGAAGACCAGCCAAGAAGAUUCCAGAGCUGCAGCUCAGUUCCUGGAGAGGAAGCUCAGGAGACAGAGCUGCUCCAGGGCCGGAGACCUGCAGGAGCCAUCCGAUCAAGAGCCGAGGCUGCUGCUUGCCGUCAGGUCCCCAUCGGGCCGAAGGUUCGUUCGCCAUUUCCGGCCCACGGAUGACCUGCAGACCAUCGUGGCCGUGGCCGAGCACAAGAACAAGGCCACCUACCGCCACUGCAGCAUCGAAACGAUGGAGGUGCCCAGGAGGCGUUUCUCCGACCUCACCAAGUCUCUGCAGGAGUGCAGGAUCCCUCACAAGUCGGUGCUGGGCAUCUCGCAGGGAGACGACGGGGAGCGGAGGGUCUGAGUCCACAGCCACCCAGCCAGGGUCCCGGGUCUCUGAGCAAGGAGCAUGCUCAGGGGCCAGGGCCUCCCAGGCCGG